AUGAACUCAGCGGGCAGUUUUUCCAACAGCGCACCUAACAGAACGGCAGACUUCCUGCGGGAGAAACAGGUGGCCGGCCUGCGGCAGAUGGAGAGGCGAGUGGGAGAGCGUGCGUCCGUCUGCCUUCUGCUGCUCUGCUCGCUCUCACAGGCUCUGUGCCAGCAGUGCGGGGGUCCGUGCUCCUGCCCAUUGUCUGCGCCCUGCUGUCCCGCGGGUGUUCCGCGGGUCCUGGAUGGGUGUGGCUGCUGCCAGGUGUGUGCCAGUCAGCGUGGCGAGGCCUGCAGUGAGAAGCUGGUGUGCGACGCCCGGCGGGGUUUGCAGUGCGACCACAGCGCCAGCUAUCCUGGCGGCCCCGGGCAGUGUGUCGGCCAAGACGAGCUGGGCUGCGAGCUGAACGGUGUGACGUACGAGGAGGGUCAGGUGUUCCUGCCCUCCUGCGGCCUCCGGUGCCAGUGCACGGGAGGGGGCGUGACCUGCGUGCGCCUGUGUAGCGAUGGCCUGAGGCUGCCCAGCCCGGACUGCCCCAACCCCCGCUACCUUCAGCUAGCGGGGAAGUGCUGCAAGGAAACCAGUUCUGACUGCAUACAGCAGAGCACCCUGUGGGGCGCCUGCUCUCACAGCUGCGGCCCGGGGGUCUCGACCCGCGUUUCUAACGGAAACCCGGCCUUCCGCCUGGAGACACAGACCCGUCUGCCAUGCCCUGUCCCGGGCCACUCCCACGGUGAGCGACCACGUCUUCCUCUGCAUCCUAAAUCCUUGUUUUGUGCCAGUGGCAGACAGCAGCCCAGUUUUGCUGGCAGGAGCUCAGAAUCAAGCUUUAACUGUGUGUUGCAGGCCUCGGGCUGGUGUGAGCCUAGUUACCGGGCGGCCUUUCCCGUGAGGCUGGAGCACCAGGGCUGCUUGAGCGCGCGUUUGUACAGGCCCCGGUACUGCGGCCACUGCCCUGACGGGCGCUGCUGCAGCCCCCGCCGAACCCACACCAUCCCGGUGGCCUUCCGUUGCCCAAUCGGUUAUGGCAAUCGAGUCCUGCGCCUGCCGCUACAACUGCCCCCGUCCAUACACCCCGGCUCGCGUAGCCCCCAGGGGCCCCACACAACCGUUUUAGAGGGCCCCGGUCCCUCGACAAAGGAGGUCCCUUAA